AUGGCGUCUAACCCACUAGAUCGAUCGAAUGUCACUAGGAUAAUAACGAAAAGCUUAGGCGGGACCGAUGAGAACCCCGCGUCGAGAGCCCCGCUCCGCAACGCUACUGAAGCUAUUGCAGUACUUUCACAUGCAUGCAUGGUAGCAGUCGACUUCAAAUUAUUAGGAUUUGAAGAGGAUGAUAGGAUAGAUGAGGCCAUUGACCUAGAAUCGUUGAAGGCACUACCAUCACAAUGGAGCUCCUCAACAUCAUCACUUGGGUUCCGGUACUCUCAUAAUCAAUCUGCCAUGAAGUUUCUAUUAAGGAUCAACCGACUAGGUGGCAAGAUAGUCAUCAUGGCUCUCGGUCUGGGGGAUGACAAGACUGCCACGCUGGAACUUGUCACAAAGGAUUGGAUAUCGGAGUCAUUCUUUUCCGAAGACACAUCAUCAUCCGACUCUAGGAGACCAGUAGAGGAAGCCUACAUAUCCCCUUCAAGGAUUAGUGACCUAAUUGCCUCCUUCAAAUCAAAUAUUAUACAGAAACUUGUUCCAGGACUACAUAAACCAGGAUACGAGGAGGCGGCAGAAGCGGUUACAUCUGCCUCUACUGCUGCAUCAAGCUCAAAUCAAAGAAGAGAAGGAAGCGGAAGACCUCCCCGCCCGCCAGGGAUGGAAGGUCCUGGUGACUACGAUCCUUUACGUAUACCAUCGAGGGGAGGUCCACCUAGACCGUUCCGGAGCCCUGAAGACCCUCCUGGCUUCGAAGACGAAUACGAGAUUAAUCGCCCACCUGGGAACCCAUGGGGCUUCCCUGGUGGUGGCGUCGGAGGCGGAAGGAAUCCCUAUAGGAUUGGAGAUGAUGAUCUGAAUCCACCUGGGUUGGGGGCGAAUCCGACGUUACGAGGUCCGUUCUUUGGGGAGGAAGGAGGCAAUGGGAUGUUUGUGGGUCCUAAUCACCCUAUGUUCGGUGGAAGGCAGGGCGGCGGUGUGCCGGAUCCGCGGUUCCCGCCCGGCUCGAGGUAUGACCCCGUAGGACCCGGAGGGGGUCCACGGGGAGGGUUUGGGGGACCUCGAGGGGGGUUCCCACGGGGUCCAGGUGGUGGCUUUGGCGGAUUCGGGUCCGGUGACUUCAUCUAG